AUGGCGCGGGAGGAGCGGCGGGGGCGGGAGCGGGAGCGGGAGGCCCCGAAGCCGGAGAAGCCGCGGGAGCGGGAGCGCGAGCGGGAGCGCGAGCGAGACCGUGAGCGCCCGCGCGAGAGGGAGAGGGAGCGCGAGCGCCCGCGGGACCGGGAGAAGCCGCGGGAGCCGCGCGAGCGAGAGAGAGAGCGCGAGCGCGAGCGCGAGCGACGCAGCAGCGAGCGCUUCCGCCCCCCCCGCGAGCCCUUCCCCCGUCGCUCGCGCAGCAGAGACCGAGACCGAGACAGAGACAGAGACAGAGACCGAGACAGAGACAGAGACAGAGACAGAGACAGAGACAGAGACAGAGACAGAGACAGGGGGGGUCCUUUCCACCGGCGCAGCACUUGGCGGUCGGAGGGGCGGAAGGCUUACCGGUUUGACUCUCCGCCGCGUCUGGGGGAGAGCGAGGAGCCGAGCGCAGCAGCAGCAGCAGCAGCAGCAGCAGCAGCAGCAGCAGGCCUGGCCUCAGUGCCCGGCGCGGCCGCAGCACUCAGCGGCGUGCUGGGCGCCUCCCCAGCGGCCCCACUAACCCCCGCCGCCGCCGCCGCCGCCGCCGCCGCAGCAGCAGCGCCGGGCCUGGCCCUGGGAGCUGCUGCUGCUGCUGCAGCGCCAGCAGCAGCAGCAGCAGGCCUGCUGCAGCUGGACCCCGCAGCAACAAAAGCAGCGCGAGAACUCUACAUAGGAAAUCUCCCCCCCAACGUCGAAGUCCCGCAGCUGCUGGAAUUCCUCAACGCCGCAAUGGCCGCUGUCGGCGGCGGGCUGCUGCCGGGGCCCCCCGCAGUGAAGGCCUGGCGCAGCAGCGACGGCCACUACGCCUUCGUGGAGUUCAGAACUAUGGAAGAGGCCUCGAAUGCGAUGCAGCUGAAUGGCCUGAGUUGUUUGGGCUUUAACUUGCGGAUAGGCCGGCCGAAGACUUACCCGCUGGAGCUGCAGCAGGUGGUGCCUGCGCCGACGAUUCCGCUGCUGCACCCUGCUGCUGCAGUGGCCACGGCCAUUGUGAACCAGAUCCAGCAGCAGCAGCAGCAGCAGCAGCAGCUGCUGCUCGCAGACACCAACGCCGUCCCGCUCAACCCCAAGGCCGCCCUCGAGGCCGCGCAGGCAGCAGCCAGGGCCGCACAAAACGCCAACGGCGCAGACGGGCCGCCGCAAACCGACAAGCUUUGCGUCUUGGGGCUCCCGGCCUCUAUGUCGGAGGAGAAGAUUCGGCAGCUGGUUGAAACUUUCGGUCCGCUGAAGUCCUUUGACAUUCUCAAGAAGGACACCGACGAGACACAGCUGGUGUGCGUGAUCGAGUACACGGACCCGGACUCGCAGCAGCAGGCCAUGGAGAUUCUGCACACGAAUUCGCCCUACCGAGUGGUGACAGCCGAAAACGCCAUCAAUGAAGGAGCAGUUUCAUCUUUUUUGAAAGACAAAAUCUCCGUCGCAGGCACUGAAAAGGCCCCCCCGCUGCUGCGGCCUCAGGUCUGCACGAGGGUCCUCGUGCUGCACAACAUCGUCACUCCUCAGGAGCUGCAAGACGACGAAGAGUACUCGGAUAUUGUCGAAGACAUUCGGCUGGAGUGCGAAGAGUGCGGGGGGAGAGUGGUGGACGUCCAGGUGCCUCGGAUUUGCAAAGAUCCUUGUGUGGAUCCGCGGCACUUGCACGAGGAGUGUGGGGUGAGCGAUCCCGCGAGCGACGGCGCGAGCGAUCCCGCGAGCGAUGGCGCGAGCGGCCCCGCGAGCGGCCCCAAGCCCGAGUCGCCGCCGCACAAAGUCAAGAGGGAGGAGGGAGACGGCAGCAGCAGCAGCAGCAACCAGCAGCAGCAGCAGGACGCCGCGAAAGACGAGCCCCUCAAGGCGCCCAAAAAGGAAGACACAGCAGCAGCAGCAGCAGCAGCAGCAGCAGCAGAUGAGGAAAGCGAAGUGACUGAACAAAUGGUGAUGGAUGCAAUUCAAGGAAAGACAAAAGUCCUUCCCCCUAUGGUCGGCUACGCCUACGUCGCCUUCAUAGACUGCGAGGCCUCGGCGAGCGCAAGAAAGGCGCUGAACGGCCGCAAGUUCAACGGGCGAGUGGUGGAAGCUCAUUAUUAUUCGGAAUUAUUAUUUUUGCGAAGAGACUUUUCUUCUCCUUCUCCGAACUUCCUCAAAGGCCACUCUUACCUCCACUCCCCCGCCCUCGCGGCCAUUGUCAACAGCCUCAAGCAGGAGCUUAACGGCGAGAAGCAGCAGCAGCAGCAGCAGCAGCAGCAGCAGCAGUAG